AACAGUGCUAAAAAAAAGUAAUGGUAACACAUAAUAAGAAUAUGUAUCUCUUAAUAUAAUUUAAUGGACGUGGGCUAACUGAUACAUUAACCGUGGCAUCAUUAUGAAGUUUUAAAAAACUAAUUAUGAAAAAACUAGCGUAGGUUGCGCGCUCCCGUUCGCUUCGGUUACCACAGCAACCAGCGUGCUUGUGCGCGCUUCCGUGGCCAAUGUAACAACAAUCGGCGUCUGCCGUGUCUGAAAACUCAUCGGUCGAUUAAACGGUUUUAUUUCUCUAAAACGGAAAGAUUGGCAAAAUGCGGCGCCCAAAGUAUUUCACGCCGAGGGAGGUGUCUGUUCACAACACUCUCAAAGACAUAUGGGUGUCGUAUCUGGGCAAAGUGUACGAUCUUACGCCGCUGCUGGAGGAGCAUAAAGGUGAUGUGUUAUUGAAACCUAUCACAGAGUGUGCGGGAAAGGACAUCAGUCACUGGUUUGAUCCAAAGACGAAGGAUAUUCUUACACACGUUGACCCAUUGACUGGCUGCAUUAAAUACUACACCCCUAGGGGGCGUUUUUUACACACACCCCCUCCCUGCCCUCGCACUGACUGGGCCAAUGACUUCGGGAAGCCUUGGUGGAAGGAUAACCGCUACGAGGUUGGGCUGCUGUCUGCCAAAACACGCUGGAUCCGCAUUAUCAACACUCUAACCUCCCAAGAGCAGAGGCUGGAGGUUUGCUCUGAGGAGACUCUGGGUGAGAUUCUCCAGCGAUACCUGCGCUACAAUUCCCACGCAGCAAGCUACACCUGGAAGCACAAUGGCGUGAAUUUGGACAUGAGCAAGACCCUGAGUGAAAACGGCAUCCCCGAAGAGGACGAGUUUUACUGCGGAAGCCCAGACUGUGACCUCUUCUCUCCAUCCAUAUGUCUGUAUUUCAACGACGACCUCACUGAACUCUGAAAACGCAUUCGUUAGAAUAUCACAUGCGCUGCGAGCCGGUUCGAGCGAGAAGCGUGAACGCCACAUCAACUAUUCAUGCGUUUAGUGUUUCAUCGAUUCCUGUCUGUGGUUAUCUUAUUGCAGCUCUCUGGGCUCCAUCCAAUCAAAUGCUGAGCAACAGAAUAAAAAAGAUGAAUGCCAGCCUACAUAAUAAA